AUGCCGGUUGCUAGGCUGCUGCGGCAGGUCGCGGGCCAGAUGCUGGGGAGCCCAGCCUGUGGCUGCUGGAUAGCUACCCCGCCGCUCCAGUUUCUGGGCACCUCCCCUCGGCAGAUUCCAGCAGACGCCAACUUCCACUCUGCCCUUUUCUCUGAAACAGACCAGCCACGCAUCCUAAUUACAGGGGGUCUUGGCCAGCUUGGAGUGGGGCUUGCUAACCUUUUGAGGAAACGAUUUGGGAAGGACAAUGUGAUUUUGUCUGACAUAAGGAAACCCCCUGAUCACAUCUUCCACAGCGGCCCGUUUAUUUAUUCCGACAUUCUGGAUUACAAAAAUCUUCGGGAGAUCGUGGUAAACAACCGCAUCACCUGGUUGUUUCAUUAUAGUGCUUUGCUCAGUGCAGUUGGGGAAGCAAACAUAUCCUUGGCCAGAGCCAUAAAUAUCACCGGAUUGCAUAACAUCCUGGAUGUCGAAGCAGAGCACAAUUUGCGAUUGUUUGUGCCUAGCACAAUCGGAGCUUUUGGACCUACUUCUCCCUGGAAUCCAACUCCCGAUCUCUGUGUUCAGAGACCCAGGAUAAUCUACGGGGUGUCCAAAGUCCACGCCGAGCUCAUGGGAGAAUAUUAUCAUUACCGGUACGGGUUAGAUUUUCGGUGCUUGAGAUAUCCUGGAAUCAUUUCGGCAGACUCACAGCCUGGGGGAGGAACAACUGACUAUGCGGUCCAGAUCUUCCACGAUGCCCUGAAGAAUGGCAAAUUUGAGCGCAACCUGAAACCCAGCACAAGGCUCCCAAUGAUAUAUAUUGAUGACUGCCUCAGGGCCACUCUGGAUGUCAUGGAGGCCCCGGCAGAGUCCCUCUCCAUGAGGACCUACAACAUCAAUGCCAUGAGCUUCACCCCUGAGGACCUGGCCCAGGAGGUUCUCAAGCAUGUACCAGAAUUCCAGAUCACGUACAACAUGGAUUCUGUUCGACAGGCCAUAGCGGAUAUUUGGCCAAUGAACUUUGAUGACAGCAAUGCUCGGAAGGACUGGGGGUGGAAACACGACUUUGAUCUUCCAGAGUUGGUGACGACGAUGUUGAACUUUCAUGGUUCUGAUACUAGAGUUGCCCAGGUUAACUGA